ACUGACAUUGACUAUGUUGUAGGUAUAUACGUAGGUACACCAAAGGUACACCAUGAUUUUAGGUUACGUUAUAAAUUAAACGUAAACAAUAACUUUAAUUUGUAUAAUACAUACAUAAAUUUUAAUUGCUUUGUAAUUCGUAACUAUGAAAAAAGAAGAAGUACAAGAUAUUUUUCUUAAAAUAUUGAAAGAAGAAGAAGAUGUAUCAGCAGGAGUGGCUGCUAUUAAAACACUACUUACUGUAAUAGAAAAUUAUAAAGUGACUACAGUGAGAGAGCUUGAUCUGAACCUACAACUGGCAGUGGAAGCGAUGCGGCAUUGUGACCAGCCUGUUGCUGCUAUCUCCUCUGGCUGCGAAUUAUUUAUGAGGUUUAUCACAUUUGCUAAAAUUGAUGUUAAAUCAUUUGAAGAGUGUGAGCAAAUAAUGUUACAAAGAGGUCACAUUUUCUUAAAUCAACUGUUAGAAGCCAGAGGAAAGGUUGCUGAACAAGCCUUGCCGUUUAUUAGUGAUGGAUGUAAAAUAUUAACUCAUUCUCGGUCCAGAGUAGUUUUACAAGCAAUGUUGGAAGCAGCAAAAGCCAACAAAAGAUUUCAAGUAUUUGUUACAAUGUCCUGUCCAGACAACAGUGGGGAACUAAUGCAUAAGCAACUAGUGUCUGCUGGUGUAGACGCCACUCUGAUCCUAGACUCGUCAGUGGGUUACAUUAUGGAGCAGGUGGAUAUAGUAAUGAUCGGCGCCGAGGGCGUCACAGAGAGCGGUGGAAUUAUAAACAAGAUUGGCACGUACGGUCUAGGAAUGGCCGCACUCGAGCUAAAGAAACCAGUAUACGUACUGGCCGAGAGUUUCAAAUUCUCAAGGAUAUACCCACUGAACCAACAGGAUCUACCCAUCGAAUUCAAGUACCUUUCAAGUGUCAUAAAGUCAAAGAAAAACCUCUCUCAGGAACAUCCCUUAGUGGAUUAUACCCCACCGGCUUACAUCACACUUCUCUUUACCGAUCUAGGUAUACUUACGCCCUCGGCCGUUAGUGAUGAACUUAUUAAUUUGUAUUUGUAAUUAUAUAAUUGAUUGAUUAAAAAACUGUAUAUACUUUU